CUUUCCCCCACUGUCACCCACCAUCAUCACCUGGACCAGGACAAAGGGACACUCUGGAAUAUUCUUGUGGAAUCUAAGAAUUGAAUCUUCUCUUUCCAUUCAGUUUCACAAUGACACUAAACGCUGUACCUAUGGAAGUCUGUCAUUCCUCCGCCACAGUCUGCUCAGGUACAGACUGCCUUGUUCCUCCAAGUAACUUUAAUGCCAUUCUUAGCACGGUGUUGAGCAUCGUGCUUACGACCAUGCUGGCCUUUGUCAUGUUUGCCAUGGGCUGCACCGUGGAUGCCCACAAGUUAUUGGGGCACAUCAAGAGACCCUGGGGAAUCGUCAUCGGCUUCCUCUGCCAGUUCGGCAUCAUGCCCUUCACUGCCUUUGCGCUUUCUCUUGCAUUUGGGGUGCUCCCGGUGCAGGCCGUCGUUGUCAUCAUUAUGGGCUGCUGUCCUGGAGGAACCAGCUCAAACAUCAUCUGCUUCUGGCUGGAUGGAGACAUGGAUCUGAGCAUCAGUAUGACCGCCUGCUCCUCCAUCUUGGCCUUGGGCAUGAUGCCGCUCUGUCUGUUCAUCUACACCAGUGCCUGGACUUCCAGCGACGCUAUAAAGAUUCCCUUUGACAGCAUUGGAAUCACUCUUGCAGCACUUCUUAUACCAAUAGCAGUUGGGAUUUAUGUAAAAACCAAGUGGCCUCGUAUUGCAAAAAAGAUCCUCAAGGUUGGUUCUAUCGCUGGGUUUGCUCUCAUUAUCAUCAUAGCGGUGGUGGGAGGCGUCCUCUACCAAUCCUCCUGGGUCAUUUCUCCCUCCUUAUGGAUCAUUGGAACCAUCUAUCCCUUCAUUGCCUUCAGUAUGGGUCUCUUAUUGGCCCGGUUUGUGGGUCAGCCCUGGCACAGGUGUCGAACGAUUGCCCUAGAAACAGGAUUCCAGAACGCCCAGUUGUGCAGCACUAUCACCCAGCUCUCCUUCACCGCUGAAGAACUGGAGGUCAUGUUUGCGUUCCCUCUGAUCUACAGCAUCUUCCAGCUCGCCAUGGCACUCGUUGCUGUGAUUGCUUAUCAAGUAUAUAAAAGGAAAUGUGGAAAAGGUUCUGACAAUGAGAUCAGGGAAGAUGAUGGAGAAACUAAACAAAGUGCUGUGGAUAACAAAGCUUUCGUCUCUGACGAGCUGAACGGCACCUUUGCACACAUAAAGGAGUGAGAUUCCAAAUUGCUGCCAAUGAUUGACUGUAGUCCUCCUGAAUAAAGCAGCAUUACUGAACUAUGAACAGACAACACUCUCUAGAGGCUGAAAGAAGUAAAUCACACAGCAGCAGCAAAGUUUGGAAAGAUUUCUGUCUGUAUAUCCAGAGGUCACCUGAAGGGGGAGCCUCUGACUGACCCAAUGCUGUGUUCAUUCUGGAAGGUGUUUAGACAUAAUAACCUGCUUUAUUAAUUGCAAACUGUUAAAAGCAACAGGUAAUUUUCUCUCUUAUUAUACUGGAACUAUGUUUGGAGAUGUUUGAAAACAUUUAUUCUGAUAUUUUUGUUGUUUUUACUGAAGUAUUACUGAAGAACCAAAUAAUAUGAGGGUUAGAGUAAAGGGAUGAGGCUCAAUUGUAGCUUGCAUGUUUUCAUGAUCUGUUCUAAGGCUGACUGUGAUCUGACCUUUUGCUCUUUUUAUCUCUGUUGAAGUUUUCUGAUAAUAAACAUAAACAGUUCUUUGCCAUUUUUUCCCCAACAAACUAAAUUCAAACAAACACUAAAUAACCUUACUGAAACAAAUAUGCAUUGCUAAGCAUUAAUACUGUGCUUUUUAUUUGUUUUGUGAGUCUAUAGCAUGCCGGAUAAUUAUUAUAUUUGUUGUAAAUUUAAA